AUGUCAUAUCCACAAUUUGGAUAUCCCUAUUCGUCUGCUCCACAAUUCCUGAUGACAACCAACUCUUUGACCACUUGCUGCGAGUCCACCGGCAGAUCCAUAGCCGACUCCGGAGUAGCCGCGUCCGGGCAGACACCAGUCUACUGUCCCGUGUACGAGAGCCGGCUGCUGGCCACGGCGAGGCAUGAGCUCAGCUCGGCCGCCGCGUUGGGCGUGUACGGGAGCCCGUACACCGGCAGUCAGGGAUAUGGGAACUACGUUACAUACGGCACGGACGCCUCGGCUUUCUACUCGCUGGGAGCAUUCGAUACUAAAGAUGCCACAGCUUCUGCACAUGCGGGAAUAACCCAGGCAGCCUACUACCCUUAUGAUCCUACCUUGGGACAGUAUCAGUAUGACAGAUACGGUUCCAUGGAUGGGGGAACAAGGCGAAAGAACGCCACGCGUGAGACAACCAGCACCCUGAAGGCCUGGCUGCAGGAGCACCGGAAGAACCCGUACCCGACUAAAGGGGAGAAGAUCAUGCUGGCCAUCAUCACCAAGAUGACCCUGACGCAGGUCUCCACGUGGUUCGCCAACGCCAGGAGGAGGCUGAAGAAGGAGAACAAGAUGACAUGGCCGCCCAGAAACAAGGGCUCAGAGGAGAAGAGAUAUGACGAGGAUGAUGAUGGGUCUCAGGAGGAGCAGAUCAAAAGCGAGAACAAUGAGGAUGAGACAAGAAGUCGGCCUGAUAAAGAUCUCCAGUUGAGCGACUUGGACGACUUCGACACGCUGGAGUCUGAGAACUCGGAGUGUGAGCUGAAGCACCGCUACCACAUGAACACACACAUGUCAACGACGGGUGACUGCCCCGCAGAACACCUCAUCAAGGACUCGUCUCUGAAAAUCUCCAUCCCUGUUUCUCUGGGAGGGGAACAGGACUUGAGCAAAAGUUGUCUCAAAACGAACCCGGAAGACUUCCAGGUGGACAGCAGACAGCUGGCGAAGGCAUGUUAUAACCAGCAGCAGCAGCAGCAACAGGGGCAUCAGAUUUUAGACGGCAAGCCUCGCAUCUGGUCUUUGGCCCAAACUGCGACUUCCCUGAACCAGACUGAGUAUCCGUCCUGUAUGCUGAGGUGCCAGCCGCCGCCCUCCUCCCUCAGCCCGCCCCCCAUAGCUACCUCACCCGUGACCGGCCUGGACAACAGGCAGGACUCGCCGGUCACGACCCUGAGAAACUGGGUGGACGGGGUUUUCCACGACCCGUUGUUCAGGCACAGCACUUUGAGCCAGGCCCUGACCAACACCACCGUCUCUUGGAGCGCGAACACCAAAGGCGCGCUCCUGGAGGCUGAGAGGAGCACUUCCGCCUUGCAGCAGCACCACCAAGACUCCCCCAAAGACAGUGCCAUGAGUUUCCCAAAAACUAUCAACAAACUGUUCUGCUCCUAA